CAGAGGAGUUGGUGUCACUGAGACAAGAGGGAGUGAAGCAGCCGGCCGUGGGGAGUCAAUGACGAGGACAGAAUAACAGGCAGCUUUUUCAGACCCCUUUUUGAAUAACAUUUGUGCCUUCAGAUAUUGCUACUUUAAAGUGUAAUGAAAGAAAUAGCUCUGGGUCUCUCUUGAAAGCUGCCCGCCUGAUUACAGCACAGAGCUUGGUUAAACUAGUAAUGUCUCGCUGAAGCCAGCAACUGAAUCUCGACAACAUCGCCGCCCUCGUCAAAGAUCAACAGCGGCGCAACCUCCCCCCCACCCCAAAAAAAAAAAACAGUAACCAUAAAACAGGAAAAUCAUUCCCACAGAUUAGCCACACGGACGCCUCGCCGCCUUGUCAAGCAAACAUGGGGGAGCAGCCCAUCUACAGCACUCGAGCUCACGUCUUCCAAAUCGACCCCAGCACCAAGAAGAACUGGGUCCCGACCAGCAAGCAUGCAGUGACCGUGUCCUACUUCUACGACAGCACAAGGAACGUCUACAGGAUAAUCAGCCUGGACGGGGCGAAGGCAAUAAUAAACAGCACCAUCACUCCGAACAUGACUUUCACAAAGACCUCCCAGAAGUUUGGCCAGUGGGCAGACAGCAGAGCUAAUACUGUCUAUGGACUGGGAUUCUCAUCAGAACACCAUCUUGUGAAGUUUUCAGAAAAGUUUUCGGAGUUUAAGGAAGCUGCUAGGUUAGCGAAGGAGAAGUCUCAAGAGAAGAUGGAGCUGACCAGCACUCCCUCUCAGGAGUCUGCCCCAGGGGACAUUCAGUCACCUCUGACCCCCGAGAGCAUCAACGGGACAGAUGAUGAGAGGGUCACUCCAGACCUGACCCAAAACUCGGAACUGCGAGCCGAACCUACCCAGAAUGCACUGUCCUUCACGCACAGGAACAUCAAUGGAGCUGUACCCACCAUACUGACACACAUGCACCUUGUCUCACCAAACCAAGAGGGCAGCAGCUCUGCAAUCAAUAAGCACUGGGAGGCGGAGUUGGCGGCUCUCAAGGGAAACAACGCCAAGCUGACAGCGGCGCUCCUCGAGUCCACGGGCAACGUGAAGCAGUGGAAACAGCAGCUUGCCGCCUACCAGGACGAGGCAGAGAGGCUGCAUAAAAGGGUGACUGAGCUGGAGUGUGUGAGCAGUCAAGCAAACGCAAUUCAAUCUCACAAGACAGAGUUAAACCAAACAAUAGAAGAACUGGAGUCAACAUUAAAAGCAAAGGAAGAGGAAAUCGAGAGGUUGAAAGAGGAAAUGGAACAUGCCCGACAGCUGCAGACUCAGAGAGACACUCUCACGCAGAAGCUUCAGGAAACAGAAACGAGGAACGCAGACCUGGAGGGGCAGCUGACGGAGCUGGGGCAACGGCUGGAGAACAGCCAGACACAGCAGGAGAGCUUCCGCAACAAUUUAAAAACUCUGCUCGAGAUCCUAGAUGGCAAAAUCUUUGAACUGACCGAGCUGCGGGAUAGCCUGGCCAAGCUCAUAGAAUGCAGCUAAAGCGUGGCUGUUCUUUAGUGUGACCGCCUCUGUAAUGUGAACGCCAUGCUGGUGCCCACAGGAGUUCUUCCUUCUUUCCUUCCUUCCUUCUUCAUCCACCUGGAAGAUAGAAAGUAUUAUUUGAAGUAUAAAAUAUGACAAGAAUGAUAAUGCUGAUAAAAGUUUUUUUUUUAUAGCAUUCCAUGUUAUUGAGAAAUAUGUGGUCUGCUUUUCACUUCCAUUUUGAGCAGAUGGCACACCAUGCUUUGUGCUUCAACCUCAGGACAAAGCAUGAUGGUGAGCACUCUCUUCAUUUAUUAUUAUAAAUAUUAUUUUUACACUACUAUUGUUUAGUCAUAAAAAUUGACCUUACCAACAAAAAGAUAUGGCAGCUGACUUUACCUUCGAUUUAUUUUUUGGUUCCCCUUACAAUCUUUGCGGUAAGGAAGUCAUUGGUUUUCAAAAGAUGCUUAGUGCAGCACCCCGAAGUAUGGUGUGGUUUUGUAGACAACUUACUUUAUCCGGCGUGUGCAGGAAGAUUACUACACUACAACCCUGAUGGGCUUUCCUCUCUGUAGAACUACCUAGCCUCUUGUCCUGUAUCCCAGGCGUGAAAGCAGGGUCCCAGUAUUCAGUUUAAUAAAGGGUUAUGUGGUUUGAAUAUGAGGGCAAGGCCUGCGCUGAGCCCCUGUAUACACAGAGCAAUACUGGAGGAGCCUCGGGAGUCCACUGAAAUCACGCAAUCAGGUAUUCCAUACGUCUUUGUUUUCCGAAUGAUCUGGAAAAGGACCAGAAAUGGUGGCCCUGCACACUGUAGGAAGCCGCCUGCGCUGUCUUUUCUUUCUAGACCAUCUUUUUCAACAACUUUAUACUCUACUUGUAAACUUCAGUCAUACCGGACUGUUUGGUUUAAAUCUAAAAUAUUUUUGCCUUUUUUUUUUUUUUUUUUUUUUUUUUUUG